AUGUGUAUUGAUUACCGACGAUUGAACACCGCCACAAGAAAUGACCAUUUUCCUCUACCAUUCAUGGACCAAAUGCUUGAAAGGUUGGCGGGUCAAGCCUACAAUUGCUUUCUAGAUGGGUACUCCGGGUACAAUCAAAUCACGGUUGAUCAGGCCGAUCAAGAGAAAACCGCCUUUACUUGUCCCUUUGGGAUCUUCGCAUAUCGGCGGAUGCCU